CAAAGUCGCGUCAGCAGUACGGAAGUAAACAGCCUGCUCCCUGCUGCUGUCAGUUGGUGUUUUCUUUUCUUAAAAACAGUAAUUUCACAGCUGGUCGUGUCUUCAUUAGCAGGCUGACAGAUGUCCGCUUCUCCCGCAGAAGAUCUGCUCCAGCAGUGGGAAAGUGAGCAGGCACGUCUGAGGCAGCAGGUGCUGGAGGACGACACAGAGGACUGGCAGAGGAGCCCAGACUUUUCAGGUCUGGAGCGAGUUGGUGGGGUGGACCUCUCCUUCAUCAAAGGGGAUGACGUCAAUGCCUGUGCCCAGCUUGUGGUACUCAGCUACCCAGAUCUGCAGGUGCUGUAUGAAGACAGUCAGAUGGUGACCCUGACGGCCCCCUACAUAGCCGGCUUUCUGGCAUUCAGAGAAACUCCUUUCCUCCUGGAGGCUCUGCAGAGGCUGAAGAAGAACCAGCCCACACUCCUUCCUCAGGUGGUGUUUGUGGAUGGGAAUGGUCUCUUUCAUUACAGAGAAUUGUUUGGUAAAGUAAACAUGGCACAGGGUGGCAGUGAUAUGAAGAUCAAUGCAGGCAAUGGAAACAGCUGGCUUGCUGCUAUUUGUUUUGGCAUCUGUACAUCUGUUUUGACUUUGAUUUUUGUUUCUUUGCCUCCACAGAUAGCUGCUCUGCAAAGAGGAGGAGACAGCUUCCCACUCAUAGGCGCCUCAGGCAAAGUGCUCGGAAAGGCACUGCGAAGCUCUGACAAGAGCUCGAAGCCAGUGUACGUGUCUGUGGGCCACAAGAUCAGCCUGGACACAGCUGUCCGCCUCACACACGCAUGCUGCCGAUACCGGGUCCCUGAGCCAAUCAGACAGGCUGUGCUGUGCUUCUGCAGUGCACCAUAUGAUUACUGCAAGCCACCUGACUGCACUUGUUUUAGCUGGUGGGGAGAGGGGCAUCCGGCAGCAACAGGGACUGACUGUGGACAUCAGAGAGAAGCAGGAACAAUCUUACCUUCCUCUGUCCAGUCACCAGUGCCUCCCUCUUCAUCCUCCUUUCUUUGCCCAACUGCUCUGCUUUCAGUCUCUGACAUCCACAUUCCCUUCUGUGUCUCCCAGCAUUGCCCUCGUGUUCUCUCCCGGCUUCUGCCACAUCCAGCUGCGAUGUUACGUCUCGCUGGCAGGCAAAUUUUCAUCCUUCAGGCUUUUGAAAUCACAGUCACAUCUCAUGAAAAAAGCAAAAUCAAAAAGAGAUCAACCUGACAGGAAGACUGAAUAACUGAAUACGUUUGACAGUAGAAAAUGAAAACAGGUUUUUGUGUGCAAAUGUUCAUCGUGGACAAACUAAAAAGAUGCAAAUAUAUAUAACUACCCACACUUAAACAGAUUCUGUGUCAGUCCCACACUUGCACAUACUUGGUAGGACUCCACAUCCAAAAGUUGCUUGGCUGACCAUCUAGUCAGCCUCUUGUUCUGCAUCGGCUCCACCUCAGCUCCAGCGAGGGUGUUUUUGCUUCCUUGUCUCUUUACCUUUGCUGAUGUUGAGCAGUGGGUUAUUCUCUGUGUACCAUGCUGUAAGAUUAUUGAUUUCCUCUAGAUAUAAAUCCUCUCUUCCUCUCAUCAGUGUUUAUAAUCUCACCAGAACG